AGCAGAUAAAUCAUAAAACCAACCGAAGAAGAAAAAAACGAUUAUACGAAUCAAGGAGCGUGUCCUCUCAAACAAUCUGCUAAUUGUCACUGUUGUGUAUCCCGCUUCUCUCUCAACCUUACAGUCUCAAGUCGCAGACACCACCCUCUCUAUUUCCCUCUUCUUCAUCUCUAUCUCCAAAACCCAGAGCUCAGUGAUCCGGCAAUGGUGACUCCUCCAAAGCUUGCAAUUUCCACUCGCCUAAACGCCUAUAUAGCCAACACCUGUGUUGGAAAACGCUUCAAACUCGCUGAGAGGAACACCACCUUCACCACCGAGCUCCGAGCCGGCACCGCUACGUUCCUCACCAUGGCCUACAUCCUGGCCGUCAACGCCAGCAUCCUCACCGAAUCAGGUGGCACAUGCUCCGUCUCUGACUGCACCCGACUGUGCUCCGACCCCACCGUCUCCGUAGCCAACUGCACAGCCGCCGGACUCCGAGUCAUCCAACCCGAUGACUCGUGCAAGUUCCCCCCAGUUAACCAGGGCUACUUGGCGUGUCUGGAGAGAACCCGCAAAGACCUCAUCGUAGCCACUGUGGCUUCGUCUCUUAUAGGGUGUUUGAUAAUGGGAACUUUCGCGAACCUUCCGUUGGCUUUGGCUCCUGGAAUGGGCACAAAUGCCUACUUCGCUUACACAGUUGUUGGGUAUCACGGGUCUGGUAAAGUCCCUUACAGCAGUGCCUUAGCAGCCAUUUUCAUCGAAGGCUUGAUCUUUCUCUUCAUUUCGGCAGUUGGGUUACGAGCCAGACUCGCCAAACUCGUACCCAAACCGGUUCGAAUAUCGUCAGCUGCCGGCAUCGGUCUCUUCCUCGCUUUCAUCGGACUGCAAAACAACCAAGGAAUCGGGCUUAUCGCGUACAGCUCUUCCACCCUAGUUACACUCGGAGCUUGCCCCAGAUCGUCUCGGGCGUCGUUAGCUCCUGUCGUGGCGGCAGCCAACGGCACCGUCACUUUGCUUCCCGGCGGUAUCGUGUCCGACGAUAUUAUGUGCUCGAGCGAUCGCAUGCUAAGUCCCACAUUUUGGCUUGGUAUGGUGGGUUUCUUUAUAAUUGCUUAUUGUCUAGUGAAAAACAUUAAAGGGGCUAUGAUUUAUGGCAUAGUGUUUGUAACGGUGGUCUCAUGGUUCCGUAACACUCUAGUUACGGAGUUUCCUGACACUGUUUCUGGUAAUUCGGCUUAUCAGUAUUUCAAGAAAAUUGUUGAUGUGCAUGCGAUCGAGAGCACUGCUGGGGCACUGAGCUUUAGUGGCAUGGGCAAAGGCAAUUUUUGGGAAGCAUUGUUCACAUUUUUAUAUGUCGAUAUCCUUGAUACCACUGGCACUUUAUAUUCCAUGGCCCGAUUCGCUGGCUUUACGGAUGAUAAUGGUGAUUUUGAGGGACAGUAUUUUGCCUUCAUGUCUGAUGCUGCCUCAAUCGUUGUGGGUUCUCUGCUCGGUACAUCACCAGUGACCACGUUUAUAGAGUCGUCGACCGGAAUCAGGGAAGGUGGGCGAACGGGGCUCACAGCUUUAACAGUGGCCGGCUACUUCUUCAUGGCUUUCUUCUUUACGCCGCUGUUGGCGUCCAUUCCUGCAUGGGCGGUAGGGCCGCCGUUGAUACUAGUCGGAGUUUUGAUGAUGAAGUGUGUGGUGCAGAUAGAGUGGGAUGAUAUGAAGCAGGCCAUUCCUGCAUUUGUGACCAUGUUGUUGAUGCCAUUGACGUACUCCAUAGCUUAUGGUUUGAUAGGUGGUAUCGGUACUUAUAUUGUUUUGCAGCUGUGGGACUGGGGACAGGAACUGUUGGGAAAACUUGGAAUCAGGAGACGACUGAGGAGUGAUAGUUUGAUUAGUGAAGGGGCCAAUGGAGACAACAAUGGCACUAAUGGAGAUGCUAAGAGACAUGAGGUUGUUUAGACUAAUGGGGCUAGCAACUAGUUAGUUCUUUCUUUUCGCUUUUGUGUUUAUACAGUAACUGAAAAUGAAAAAGAAAAUAGUUGAACAAGUAUGGAUGUAAGUUCAGUCCAAGAAAAUAAAGUUUCUUGUCCAUUAAUAUUA